GUCCCAGAUGAUCUCCCAAGAGGACUAUGAUGUGAUAGUUGGAGUGGAGCAGCCAGGCCAGAUGCGGGAUAUGCUGCUGACGAGCCACAGGUACCAGGUAGCCCGCACAUUCAUGAACCUCUUGGGACAUAUCAGCAAGGACCAGACCAUCCAGUACAUCCUUACCCUUGUUGAUGACAUCCUGUCGGAGGACAAGGCCAGAGUGGAAAUCUUUAAGGAGUAUGCCCGGAAGCACCGUGAGAGUAUGUGGAGCCCCUUCCUCAACCUUCUGACACGCCCAGACACAUUCAUCAUAAACAUGACUGCUCGUAUCAUUGCAAAGCUGGCCUGCUGGUCCCGUGAGCCCAUGGAUGGCUCUGACUUGACAUUCUACCUCACCUGGCUCAAGGACCAGCUCCGCACUCCUAAUAAUGAGUACAUGCAGUCUGUUGGCCGAUGCCUCCAAAUGAUGCUGCGUGUUGAGGAAUACAGAACCAUCUUCUAUCAACUGGAUGGUGUUGUUACCAUUGUUCAGGUCUUGAGUUCCGGCAAACUCAACUUCCAGAUCCAGUACCAGCUGACCUUCUGUCUGUGGGUUAUGACCUUCAACAAUGCCAUUGCUGAGAAGAUGAACAAGUACAGUGUCAUCCCAACCCUGGCUGACAUCCUGAGUGAGAGUGUCAAGGAGAAGGUGACGCGCAUCACUCUUGCCGUCUUCAGGAACCUCAUUGAGAAGCCUGAGGAUCCCGCCAUUGCUCGGGAAAACUCCAUACAGAUGGUUCAGUGCAAGGUGCUGAAGCAGCUAGAGAUCUUAGCCCAGCGCAAGUUUGAAGAUGAAGACAUCACUGCGGACAUCGAAUUCCUGAAUGAGAAGUUGCAGGCAUCCAUACAGGACCUCAGCUCCUUCGAGGAGUACUGCUCCGAGGUAAAGUCUGGACGCAUGGAGUGGUCACCUGUCCACAAGAGUGAGAAGUUCUGGCGUGAGAAUGCUGGACGUCUUAAUGAGAAGAACUUUGAAUUGCUCAAGAUCCUCAUUAAUCUGCUGGAGACAAGCAAUGAUCCCUUGGUGCUGUCUGUUGCUUGCCAUGAUAUUGGGGAAUACACGAGACACUACAGCCGUGGCAAGAAGGUGCUUGAGCAGUUAGGGGGUAAGCAGUGGGUGAUGCAACACCUAACUCACGCAGACCCUAAUGUUCGCUAUGAAGCUCUUCUUGCAGUUCAGAAGCUAAUGGUUCACAAUUGGGAGUACCUGGGCAAACAACUAGAGAAGGACGCACAACAGAGUACCCCUAGGACGUGAGCAUCAGUUAGCACUGGUCCGUCAGCUGCACAACACCAUGAGCGGACGAUAGCAUGACUGACAUGCUUCCUUCCUUGGUACUGGUCAACAUUCAUGGCUGUAAGAAUGCUUGUUGAUAUGGGUUAAUAUUAUUAUUUUUUUUUUUAUUUUUUUUUUUUGUAUAGUGUCCCUGUUACAACGUGUUGGAUGUAGUUGCUUUGACUUUAAUAUGUUGAAGAGAACUUUUAAGCAGUUGUGGAAUAUUACUUUCAUAUUAUCAUUACAAACAAUAUUUAUUGUUAUUAAAACUAGGGUGAUUUAUAAGUGAAAGAAAAUGAGUUUCUUAUAUUGGACAUUCCAUAAUAUGUUUAAAGUGUUAAACCUUUAUUUUUUAUUUAAUAAAUGUAGGAGUCAAUAACAGAUUCUUGAUGUAUUAUUAGGUCAAAUGUAUUAAUGAAAAUGGUGUAUAGAUUGUAGUAGUACAUGAACAAUUAGAUUGAUAUGUCGUAAUUGUGAUUAAAUUUGAGCCAAUACUCCAAAAUAAUGGUUUAGCUCUCUUUGUUACAUGUGCUAUUGAGGUUGUAUAUACAUAUACAGUUGUGCACAAUGCUGUGUUAAGGGUGUUGUAUAUAAAAAGUUAUUUCUGA